GUCCAAGCCGCCGUCACGGCAGCACCCGGGCGGAACGGGUGCCUCAGUGUUGGGUGCCAAUGCGGGGAGGGCGUUGCAAACACGGGGCUCCUCCGCCGCCUAGGUGGAAAGUUCGCCGCUGCAUCGGACCGACGGAGCCUUGACUAAGAGAGCAGCCGGUCUUUCUGCGGAAGGGGACGCGGAGUCUCGCGAAGGCGCUUUUCUCCUGCCAGGCACCACUCAAACUUUGCAUUUCCUCGCACGCUUCCAAUUUUUUUUUAAACCUCUAAGAAAAAAAGGCAGCUUUGCUUUUCUGGUUUGCAAGGAAAACCUCCCAGGCUAUAAGUAGCACUUGUGUCGUGAGCAGACCCUGAGCUGGGGUAGCUCAGAAGAUGACAGAGUACAAACUGGUGGUGGUUGGAGCAGGAGGCGUUGGGAAAAGUGCAUUGACUAUUCAGCUGAUUCAGAAUCAUUUUGUUGAUGAGUAUGACCCUACCAUAGAGAGAGCAGAUCAAGAGAGUGAAGGACUCCGAUGAUGUGCCCAUGGUAUUGGUGGGGAAUAAAUGUGACCUUCCUGCCCGGACUGUGGAAACACGGCAAGCCCAGGAGCUGGCUCGGAGCUAUGGGAUUCCAUACAUAGAGACGUCAGCCAAAACUAGACAGGGAGUCGAAGAUGCCUUCUAUACUUUAGUGCGAGAGAUCCGGCAGCACAAACUACGUAAAUUGAAUCCCCCAGAUGAAAGUGGUCCAGGCUGCAUGAACUGCAAAUGUGUAAUAUCAUGACCAAGCGAACCAGACUGUGACUUGGAAGGCUUUCUACUGUGUGUAGCACGGAGAUGGAGGCGAUGUGAAAAUAUAAUCAAAUGGAUUCGGGGAAAGGAGAGAUGGGGUGGUGUCUGCAGGCCCUCCCCCAAAAGGGCUCCAAAUGGACAGUUUUAAAAAUUCACCAAGGCCUGCAGGGAACUGUUUUAUUGUUUAAAUCCCCCUCCCUUUUUUGCCUUCUCUCCCCUUCCCCCCCUUCCUGGCAGUGUGUGUACAAAGCCACAUAAGGAAUUGCAGUAAGUUAUUAUUUGGUGGUCUUGACACUGGUUUUGCCAUCUGCGUCAUUGUUCCAAGGGAUUGAUUGAGAGUGUCUGAAAGGAGGCUCAUGCAGGGAAAGACCCAUCUCGUUUCUUCAAUCAGCUUGAGCUCAGCUCACCAAGGGCAAAGCUGGAUGCAUCUGCAAGUGUACUGGUUUCCCACUUUGGUGCUGCAAGCCAUGUAAGGCAGGGAGAUAACUCUAAUUCACGGCUUGAAGGGCUCCAUCUGAAAGAAGGCUAGCUGUUGUCAGCAGAAGAUCAAGGCUCUUUGGAAGGUACUGCCAAGAAGAUUCACUUGCCCGUCAUUCCACGGGGGGGUGGGGGACAAAGGGGAAAAAUAUGCUCACAUUUUCAAGGUGGGCAGGACAAGCAUAAAAUAAUUAUAUCUGUAACUAGUUCCUCAUGUCUCCGCCCAUUGGUUUAUCUCUGUGUAAACAGGGAAGUAAUUAUGCCCCUCUUAACUUUUGGCUAAUACUGUCUCCCCUGUGCUAGAACAACUGGACAACUGUCAUUCUUGCAGAGAGUAAAUGGUCAAUCUGGUGGACAUUCUCUUCAGGCUUGGACAGUAUCCUCAAGAGUACUUCAGAAGGGGUGGAGGGAAAGAUGUCUGCCAGUUUUUAGAAAUUUGCCUUUUUUCUUCUUCCUUUUUAUGGUGUUGGGAGAACCUGUAAAUGUAUAAAUUGACUCUACCUGAACCUGUUGAUGGAGACUGGAGGAUCUUGGAUUUUCCAACUCUGAAUUUACUCAUUCCCUGCUGCAUCAAAGGGAAAACAGUCCCUCCGUAUAUCUUUAGGAGGCACGGGAAGCUUUUUAGUAUUUUAUUUUCCACAACCUUUGUGUCUUACAGGCUGAUUGGGAAGAAUUAUCCAGUGGGAAAGAAAGGUUGACUUGUAUGUAGGCUUUCCUGUUUGUUGUUGGCAUGGUCUCUCUCACCCCACCCCACCCGCCUCCCCAAGAUUUGUAUGCUUGUUGCCUGUGUCAAGGCUGUCUUCCCUGGUGUGCUUAUUGCAAAAUUUGUGUACUACUUGGAGGUGGAGCUGGUCUUUGGAGACAUGGGAGCCUGUUUCCGUGUUCCUGCUCCAUUCUCCACUCUCCCUUGUAGCCGCUGUGCCUACGUAAUUGCAUGCACAGCUCCGAAUCCUGCUAUCAGGGAGCAGUUCCUCUGUAUGUCUGUGACUGUACUUGCUGUAAUUCAAAGCUCUUCUGGUUAAGAUACCACAACCAGAUCCCUCAUCACUGGUUGAAUUAAAGAAAACCAGCCAAAUAAUUAAAUAACAAGCAUGAUUUUUUAAAAACUGUUGGGAGUAUUAAAGAGAACCCAAACCUAGCCUUAAAUGUCAUUAAAAGCGAUUUUGUUCUCAAAAGUGUUGGUGUGUCUACUGUACCUUUUGGGGUUUAUGUUCCUUUGAGUCAAACUCCCUGUACUAUAUCUCAGGAUGAAAGUAGUUAUCAAUAUUUAAACCCCAAGAAACAGUUUCGUUGUCCACCCAUUUUUGCCGCUGGAACUUAUGUCUUAAAAAGUAAAAAUUGGUUCAUUUCUUUUAAUUGCUUAAAAUACCUGUUUCAUUUCUGGAAUAAUUUACUAUUUGAUCAGUCUUUCUCAACACCCUGGAUCUAGGCUGCCUUAAUAGCAGAAUGGCUCAUUGUGGAUGUUGACCAGAUAUUGGUAGAGGCCUCUGCGUUUAUUAAAAUAGUGGUAUCAAGAUGAAACAUUGAACAAUGCACACAGCAUAAGGUCUACAGACAGCUUAUUCAAAAAGCUUAGUCUUUCGGGAUUGUUUUCACUGUUCCGAGAACUAAGUUCCCAUUAUGGGAGAUAGGAGCUUGAUCCAUUGAUUUCCAUCCAUAUAAUUAAAAAAAAAAACAAUUAACUGACUGCAAUGCUUUCUAAUUUUUAUAGUACCUUAGCAGGGCAAGGCGAAUUUUAACAGAAAUUGAUAACUGCAGCUCUAUCCAAAGAUUGAUGCCCAGGAAUGUCCUAAGGGAGUAACUAUAAAGCUGCAGGAUUUCUUCCUUCGCUAUUCCCCUUUGUUAAAAUAGCCCAUUUUUAAUGGGUUAUGAGCUAUCCAGAGAAUUUGGCCAAAGCAGAAAGGCAGCCACUUCACAAAUUCUAUUCUUGCCUUGGGUUCCAUCGCUGCUUGUACUGUAAUGGCUAACAAACUUUAAGCAUCUGUUUACAUGAAAAAGGGAAUGUUCCCAAAUUAAAGAAUUGAAAUCUAAUUAAUAAACCAGAUCAAGUCCAACAUGUGGCUGUUAAACAGUCUCUUGUUAACUAUGCAUAAUUAAUUAUCUGCCAUAAUGCAACCUCAAAAGGGAUUUUUCAGCAUACAUCUUUUCUCAAGAGCUAUCAUUAUUGGUGUCUUCACUAUUCCUGGUUUAUCAGCUCUACAUUUGGCAGAUAGUAACAUGGAAAAACAAGCUCAGUUCAAAACUAAAGUAAGGUUUGGAUCUUCCCCUUGUGUAUUUUAAAACCACAGUAUUUUUUAAUGCUUAAUUAAGGCAUAGUAAUUUAGCCUUUAGACUUAACAGUCUCAAAAGUCUCUAUGCUAUUAAAAUUCAGCAGUCAGGGAAAUUCUGUCUUGAGAUAUUGGAAUGCUGUUCAUUUAUUUCUGCCACUGCUGUGCCCAUGUAAUUGAAGAACUUUGGUUAUUUUUUAAUACUGCUUUUUAAAAAAAAAAUGGUGCUCAGGGUGAAGCAGUUAAAGCCACUACUAUUCUAUUUCUCAUUAACUAGUAUAGCUGAUUUUACAGUGUAUCAGGGUCAUGGUACCUAUUCCUUAGGAGAAAAAACAGUUCUAAUAGGCCAUUAUGCUAUGCUAUAAAUGUUUUAUACUACCAUUCUUUACCCCUCAGAUAACCAAACUUCAGCAUUUUGUUUUGGAAGGCACAAUGCUUUCCCACCAGAAUAUCCAUUAAAUCUGUCCACUCCUUUCCCCUGCAUAAAAGCCUGCAUACAUCAGGCUCCUUCCCUCUCUGUUUUUCAAGCAAUCUGCCCUCCUACCUCUGGUCCGCUGGCAAUCUGCAACCCCUCCCCCCAAACCAUAUUUUUCAAUCUGUUCAUGAAAAUACUGGAACUGGAUCCUUUUAAAAACACAAUGAUAACUUUUGUAAACAAAUGGCAUUGUUACACAACAAUCAUCCAUGUUUGGGAAUCCCUGCUGUGUUUCUGCAAAGGUAAAUCAGUU